AUGACAUAUCUCACCAACGUCGGCCAUGGUCCACUGAAGGUCCCUGGAUUCGGGGGGAUUCCACUGGAUUUCGAGCUCCCUCCGGAGUCCCGUUUUGCCCAUGGACUAGUGGACUAUCGCCACUCGCCUCGCUUAACCAAGCGUGAGAUGGCUAUGCUACGAUUAAUACAACAUAUCACUGAGACUCCCGGCUGGCAUCGCUUAGUCCUAGAUCCGGACGAGGAACAACUUACCCAGUGGCACCGGGAGGUAGUGAAAGGCCCGGAAGGCUUUCUAAUUAGCGAUCUCGCGUGGGACUGGUGCAUCUCGGAAUUACGCGAAAAAGCGAAGAUCUGGCAGGGCACGGGCCGUCUGUUGGUUUUUGAUAGCUCCUCAGCUGUGUGUCAAACGGAUGCGUCGGAUUCGGGAGUAUCCUUGGAAGACUUUCAAAGACAAGUGGCUCAAUUAGGGCCACAGGCAGAUCAUGAAUCUCCGCUAGUGGAUCCAUCGCUAUAUCCCCUUGUUUACGCUCGAACACCGGUAUUAACUAGUGGCGGACAAGUGACCCCUGGAUACGGUGGUCCCGAAAGCUGCUACUCGAAUCGCUUUCAAUGGCUACCCUGCGAGAUAAAAUUCCUCUCUGAGGAUCCCCUGGAUGUUGGAAUCAACUCCUAUAUCAACAAUCUAAACCCGAAAAAUCACCAAGAUCUGUAUGGGCAUCUUGAACGUCUUAUCACCUGCUCGAUACCCUCGUGGAACGAGGUUCUGUUCUACGGUAAUACGCGUGGCCGUCAUCCGCCGCGGAUUCUCACAUACGGUUGCCAUAUCCACAAUUAUAUGGAAGACCGCAAAAUUUUCCACGAAGUAGAACGGAUGCUUCACUGGAAAGCGAUCUGCAAUACUUGGGAAGAGUGGCAAAAUCGAUGUGACAAUGUUCGCGAGUAUGUCUCUGGCCCCGAGCCACCAACGUGGCAACAAGCAGAACCCUUGCCAAAGCUCUCGCCUAACUUACUAGAUGAAAUCCAACCUGAGCAAUGGGAAAUUCCCAAAUUUCCGAGUCAAAUUGCAAGAUUUAAACGUCGUCGGCGAGCCUGGUUUAACCAUCCCGAGCCUAGUGUUUCUUUUUCUUACGAGCAAUGGAAGGAUAGUAAAUUUACUGGGCGCGCAAUACUUCCGCAGAGGGUCGGUGAAUUCCCAGACCCGUUACAUCAUCUAUAUAUCCCUGUUCGUCUACAGGAGACUUUUCGACGAGAUGGUCUUCAGGUGGUUAUUGAAAUAUCUCGCAUUGAACUCACACCGGAGAAGCCGACCUAUUCCGGUGAUACGUAUUUUCAAACCGAGGGACUACGCAACGACCGCAUUGCAGCUACGAGUCUGUUUGUUGUGGAAGCGCAAAACGUCACUCCGCCUCGUAUCGCAUUCGAGCAUGAAGAUAAAAUACACGCAAUAGAGUUCGAAUGCAAGGUCCCGGACACAAUGGCAACUGUUCUAGAUGUGGAAAAGUUCGAGCUAUGGGAGGAGAAAGCACCCCAAGCACUCCAUACGUUCGCGAGAGUCGUUUACCUUGCGGAUCCUACCCAACCCGGAAAUUUAACUGUCAUCAAGCUUCGCCUAGUUGAUCCGCACUACCGUAUCUGCUCCACGCGGAAUGUGCCACCCCAGCAGCAUGACUGGUGGGCCACUGAAGCGCAGCAGGCUGCAGGGCUAGAUAAACGCUUACCCUCGGAGCUAGUGCAGCUUGUGAUGGAGCAAACAGAUUGGUGGCCUAUUUCGAGAGCAGACUCUGGGCGUCUGCGCGAAGAGCUUCGUCGUGAUCAUGAGCGGAAACGCAAAGCUGUUGACGAGUGCGUUGGCCACCAUCUUGUGAGCUAUCUUCCGUACGAUUACCAUGCAGCCCGGGAUGCGACAGAUUCAUCCGGAGUGGGAUAUGAGUCUCCGUAA